GGGAGGCGAGACCGGAUCUAUUCGUCCAUCCAUCCACCCUAGCGGGGACAGAACUGUGAAGCACCUGGCAUUCACUUGGAAAUUUCAGAGCUAAUCUUCCUGGCUGAUUGUUUCCGUGACAAUGAAGACACACGAGAGAGCUGCUAAUUUGGCUCUUGCAGGUUUGAGCUUGGCGCCCCUCGUGGUUAAUGUAAACCCAAACUUGAAUGUGAUAUUGACAGCAUGUCUAACCGUCUAUGUGGGCUGUUACCGUUCUGUCAAGCCAACUCCUCCCUCUGAGACAAUGUCCAAGGAGCAUGCUAUGCGAUUCCCUUUGGUGGGAAGUGCUAUGCUUCUGUCCCUGUUCCUCUUAUUCAAGUUUCUCUCAAAAGACUUGGUCAAUGCUGUUCUCACUGCCUACUUUUUCAUUCUUGGCAUUGCCGCUCUCUGUGCAACAUUGUUGCCUUCCAUGAAACGGUUCCUUCCAAAGGAAUGGAAUGAUAAUGACAUCGUUUGGCGUGCUCCAUUUAUCCACUCGCUCUCAGUGGAGUUUACCAAGUCCCAAGUUGUUGCAUCAAUCCCUGGAUUUUUCUUUUGCGUAUGGUAUGCUGCGAAGAAGCAUUGGCUAGCAAACAAUGUUUUGGGGAUUGCUUUCUGCAUUCAGGGAAUUGAGAUGCUAUCACUGGGAUCAUUCAAAACUGGUGCUAUUCUCUUGGCUGGACUCUUUUUCUAUGAUAUUUUCUGGGUUUUCUUCACUCCAGUUAUGGUCAGUGUUGCUAAAUCAUUUGAUGCUCCAAUAAAGCUUCUAUUUCCAACAGGAGAUGCUGCACGCCCGUUCUCUAUGCUUGGUCUUGGUGACAUUGUAAUACCUGGUAUAUUUGUUGCGCUAGCACUGCGUUUUGAUGUUUCAAGAGGAAUUAAGAACCGUUACUUUAAUAGUGCAUAUCUGGGUUAUACUGUGGGCUUGACGGUGACAAUAAUUGUGAUGAACUGGUUUCAAGCUGCACAGCCUGCUCUCUUGUACAUUGUCCCUGGUGUGAUUGGUUUUGUUGCUGUUCACUGUUUGUGGAAUGGAGAAGUAAAGCCACUCCUGGAGUACAACGAGUCAAAGGCGGAAGAGGAAGAAGCUGUUGAAGAAGACACUGACACCAAACAAAACAAAAAAGACGAGUAGCGCUCUAACAGCAUUUCAUAUCUUGAGGACAAGAAAAGACAGACAGAAAUUUCAUGUAAGGUCAUCGGCAUUUAAGUAGGCUGGAUGACCUCUCGGAUACCAGCUCACUUAAGAACUUAGAAAUGAUUGGAGCUAUAGAACCUUUUUGUUCUCAGAAUUGUUUGGUCUGGUCAGUAGAAGAGGAGUAGAUUCUAAGAGGCAAUGGCAAUAUGAUCCAGUGACUUGACUUCCUCUACCUCCUUUUGCUUUAGUACUGACUGAUUUAUAACGGUACUAAGGAAAAAGUUACCUGAAUUUUUGGUAUGGCAGA